UUCAAGUUGACUGGUACGACUCAUGGACUCAUCUCUGGCAUACAUUGGACUCAUUCACUCUUAUCACGGACUUAUCUCUGGCACGCAUUUUUAUUCCUCUCAUUUCCUCCUCGAUAUAGUGACCUCCGAUUUACGGACAACGGGACUCAUUUUCAUUAUGGACUCAUCUCUGGCGUGUAUUUUCAUCACGUACUUAUCUCUCUGUGGUAUAGAUCUUUCAGUCUUUCAAUUUUUUUAUCUACACG